AUGGUUUUCUGAAUUUUCAUUUUCAGCUUGGCAAUUUUUGAUAGUUUUUACUGCGAAAAAUAUUUAAGUCCAACUGUGAAGGGUGAAAAAGCUUUAUUUGGCUACCUUUGACUUUUCUUUGCCAACUAUAUUCCUUUAGCACUUUUAGACUCUUAUCAGAGCGAAAUUUCCCUUUUCCUAAAUACCUCAGGGCUUUCUUGAUUAGAAAAUGCCAGCCUUAGUGACCUUUUAAGAUCUUUGUCAACAUGAAUUCUCAAUUUUCUUCAAUAUUCAAGCAUCCUCUAUUGAAUCAGCUUUUGAGCAUCAGGCAUCUUAUCUUUACUGCUUAUGACCUGGUAUCAAUUCAAACCUAAAAAAGCAAAAAUUUCUGCCCUUCUCGGAAUGCUAAAUUCUUUUUUCUUUUUAUUUUACAGUUUUUCAGCAGAAAAAUCUGAAAAUUAUAUCUUGUUUCCAAUAAUGCUUGGGAUUUAUUUAUUGACAUUUAUCAAAAUCAAAUAUGAGUAUUUUUCUAGGCAUGAGUUUUAUGAUAUCAUAGGAUUCGCAUUAUUAAAGUCAGGUGUUAGCCAUAUCAGUGCCGCAGUCACCAAAAUCCUCCAGUACAAGAGGCUCUACUGCUUUUCGACCCAGAGGGUCUUCUCCCGAAAAUGGGUACCCUUCCGGUGUCUUUUGGCUCAUCCUUGCCUUGCGGCUUCAGUCUUGAGUGAGCGUUAUAAUAUCAUAGAAAAAUAUAAUAUUUUUAUUUUUAUCAAUGCAGUUCUCACACUGAAACGAAUUUUUUACCCCAAUCUUUUUUUUGAUGUUUUUUAUUAUUUUAUUCCUUUAUAUUUUUCAAAUAUAAUUUGUUAUUAUUUUGUCACUUCUUAUGAGACAACUUUUAUAUAUUUUGCAGAUAUUUGAAAGGAAUUUCAGGAAAAGCGAAGAGCAUCUCUUAAUUUUGAAGAAAGUGACUGAAAGAUAUGUAAGAUAUAUGGAUUUCUUGUGAUUUUUACAUAUUUUAUGUAUAUUUCAUAUGAAUUAUUUGGAAGCUUGUGAGAAAAUUUUUGAGUUUUAAGAGAAGCUUUGUUUAUUAUAGGAUCUGGGAGCGUAGGAUACAUUUUAAUAUACCCAGAUGGUGAUGACUCUUUCACCUUCCUUUAUCAAAAUAAAUCAAGCACAAUCUCUAUUUAUUGUCAAAUUUUGGCUAUUAGAACAAUUAUUAGCAUAAUAGUUUAA